CAGACACGUGAGAAAUGGUGGGUGGGAAUGAAAACUUGUGAAAAAGCAUAAUGACGACAAGAAAGAGGCUACAUCCAGACAGCGAGCCUCUCCUUACCAACGAAGAAGAGGACGAGGAGACCUUUCCACCCAAAAAGAAGCAGCAACUUAGUCCAGGAGCAGCUGACGAGGCAAGCAGCAGCGGCAGCAGUAAUGGAGUGAGCAGCAGCCCAGGAAGGUAUUCUUAUUCAAGAGAGCUACAUGUGGGGCCUGCUCCUCUCAGCAGAGAGCUAUUGCCAGUUGCUAAUAAACGCCGGAGGCCAUUGACUAUUGAAGAAGCCAAGAAAGGAACAAAAGAGCCAGUUCGUGUUUAUUCUGAUGGUAUUUUUGACAUGUUUCAUAAUGGACACUCUCGCGUGCUCAUGCAAGCUAAGAAUGCCUUCCCUAAUACCUACCUAAUAGUUGGAGUGAGUAGUGAUGCCAUGACUCAUAAGUUGAAAGGAAAGACCGUCAUGAGUGAGGAUGAGAGAUAUGACGCUGUGAGACAUUGCCGCUAUGUUGACGAGGUACUAGCAGGAGCUCCCUGGACUUUAUCGUUAGAGUUUCUCGAGAAAAAUCAAAUUGAUUUUGUUGCCCAUGACGACCUACCCUACAAUACUUCUGACAUGGCUGACAUUUAUCAACCAGUGAAAGAUGCUGGCAAGUUUUAUCCUACCAAGAGAACAGAGGGUAUCUCCACCAGCGAGAUAAUCGCUCGUAUUGUUAAAGACUACAAUAUGUACAUUCAGAGGAACCUUGAAAGAGGUUAUACGGCUAAAGAACUCAAUGUUGGUUUCAUAAAGGAAAAUGAGGUUAGAAUGAAGCGGAAGUUUCGUGGUUUCUUGGCACUUUUUGGUCGUGAUGGACGUAUAAGCGAAUUCUUUCACGAUCAAAAGGAAAAGAUAAAACAUGUUUUUAUGUCCCCGACUACUAAUCACGAAGACACUGGUGAUGAAGAACAGCAACGUGGACUGGAGGGAAAUUCCUAAGGAUUUUAUUUAUUUAAAUAUUAAUAUAUUAUUAAUAUUAUUCAGAGAAAACAAAA